AUGACAGAAAUUAUUGAUUUGGAAUUAGUCGAUGACUUCGUGAAGAAGCCUAUUGUCAAGCAACACAAGAACCAGACUUCAAAACCCAGGGUAAAGAGGAAGGGUCAGUUGACGUUUGAUGAUUUCCGAAACAUCAAAAUUGUCGAAGAACCUGUUGUGCUUUCUCACAAUAGUUCCAUUGACGAAUCGCUGGAUGCUGUGACCCAUAAUACUAAUAAGCACGAGAAAGGUGAGGGUGUCGAUGAUGAAGAUAUGCAAACCAAGAAACUGAAGGCAAACAUUGUGAGUAAACAUUCUAAUAUCAAAAUAUAUCCGAACGACACUAACAGGGUAGAGCUGGUCAAUGAAAAUACUGCAAUUAAUAAUAGACCAUUGAAUACAUUAAACUGGUCACCCAAUAUCCCUUUACGAUAUUCUGACUUUGCAAGCUUUGUGAGUGAUGAGAAGGUAACAGAAAACAAGUGGGAACCUCCCCUUUGCGUUCCACUUCCAUAUGCAGGCGAUGUUAUAAAGGUCCUUUCUUUUAUCAUCAAAUUUAAGUGGGUGUUCAGUAACGAUCUACUGAAUCUAUCAUUUCAAGAUGUGGAGAUAGGACUAGAACUAGCUAUGGCUGGUCAAUCUGUGAAGACCAUUAGACUUUGUCAGGAUAAAAUGAAUUUUCUAUUUUGCAGCCUGUUGAGGUCAUUAUUCUACUCCGAGAAAGGAACAGAGAGCCAGACAAAUAAAAAUUUCACACUAGAGAGAUUCCUUAGUUUAAAGAAUCCAUAUGGAAAAUUGAUUGGCAAACUCAGAAACUCAAUCCAGGAAUGGGGCUUACCUCACGAAUGGCGUAGUGGUAGUGAUAUAUUAUCUACCCUAAACGCUAAUGGAGGUGGUUUAUUGACGAUAGAACCAUUAGAUAGAAUAAUAUUAUUGAGAUGUAUGAUCGAUUGGAACUGUGGCUACUCUGUGCUUUUCCAUAACGAAAUUCAAAGGCUUACUCAUUUGAAAGGCGAUACUGGGUUCAGCCACCAAACUUUCCAUGCUAACAGGUUUGCCAUGUGCGGGGCCGAUAACAUAUCAGAUAGUUGUGAAGUUUUAUACUCUUUGAUGAGCCAGAAGUUGGAGAACCGAAAGAAAAGGAAACCCCACGACAAAAACAAAUUGAAUAAGAUCAAUGGUCAGAUGAAAUUUUUAAAAGGGGUUCAAAAGUCAUUGAGCGAAAAAGUAACUGCAGACAGAUUACGAGCAGCAGUCAAAAUAAAUGAAGAAUGGGGUAAGCAUUUUGCGAACGAAUUAUCACACACACCAAUCGAUGACCCUAGGGCAGAUGAAAUUUAUAGGUUAAGGUCAUCAGAGUUUAUGAUCGCCAGAAUUCCGAAGUUUGGAGAUUUCUACUUGCCACCAUUCCGCAUUGGCAGCGAGGACAGUUCAGUCAACACUAGUUACAGUUUCAAUGACAUGGCAACCUAUCUUGAUUACUUUAUAAAAUUCAAAAAAGAGAGUACAACAGCGCCAAAAAUACUGCCUGCAAAAACCGUGCAAAAAGAAAACAAUUGUCAACUUAAACUUAUAUAUAACAACACUCCGGCUUGCGUCCGUAAUUUACAGUCUAGUGAUGUUCCCUUAGCCAAGACGCCACAUUGGUUUGAAGUUGCAGGAGACUCAAAUUCUUUGAUUGACUUUAUCGAGUAUUUGGAAAGUUUAUCGUCACUUGAUGAAAAUGCUGCUGACGAUACAAAAAAGGGCAUAGACAAUCUAAUUGAGUUUUUGAAAAUCUUCAAUAUAUUCACAAAUGAAACUAUUCGGGAUAUUACUGAUACGGCUACAGAAAGUGCUGAAGGAAGUCAUCUACGAACAAGCUCACGGAAAAUAACCAGGGUGCAUUACUCAACUGAUGUGAACAGUGACGAUUCCGAGGAAAUUGAGAGUGAAAUUGAGAGUGAAAUUGAGAUUGACGUUGACGAUAACUAUGAUUCAGAAUAUCUGAGUGAUGAGAAUGCAUCUAAAGGAAACGGUGGAAAUAGGACAAGUAAAUCUUUGAGGGAAAAUGAAGCGUAUAACGGUUCUAAGGAUCGAGAUGAAGAUUAUGACGAUAUAGAGAUAUUCUCGGAGCCCGUAAGGCAACUGCAGGAUAAUUCUCGGGAGAGGAGAAGCUUGAGGCGCAAUGCCAGAAAAGGUCUAUCGCUUUGA